GAACUCCAACUGCGCCACCGCUCGUUUUGACCCCUCAUCUGAUCUCAGAUCAAAUACCCUUUUAACUUAUUACAAUUCUCAGAUUCUCUUUUCCCUCAAUUGGCGGCAACUGUUUGUUCAUCCCCUCAUUCUCUAAAUCUCGAGUAAUGGAGCGAUGGGCUAUGAGAUGUGUGGUGAUGAUGGCGUUUGCCGGUGUAUUGCUGUUGAAUUUGAGAGAAUCAGAAGGGAUUAGGUUUGUGAUUGACAGAGAAGAAUGUUUCUCUCACAAUGUUCAGUACGACGGCGAUACUGUUCAUGUUUCUUUUGUUGUAAUCAAGACAGAUUCUGGAUGGCACUAUGGCGAAGAUGGCGUUGAUCUUGUGAUAAAGGGUCCUUCUGGUGAACAUCUUCACGAUUUCCGUGACAAAGCUAGUGAAAAGCAUGAAUUUGUUGCUCACAACAAAGGUCUUCAUCGAUUCUGCUUCACGAACAAGUCCCCAUACCACGAAACCAUCGACUUUGAUGUGCACGUUGGUCACUUUUCAUACCACGAGCAGCAUGCGAAAGAUGAGCAUUUCAACCCUUUGUUGGAUCAAAUAUCUAAGUUGGAGGAAGCUCUUUACAAUAUUCAGUUUGAACAGCAUUGGUUAGAGGCUCAGACCGAUCGCCAGGCAAUAGUGAAUGAUGGAAUGAGCAAAAGGGCAGUCCACAAGGCAAUGUUUGAAUCAGCAGCACUGGUAGGGGCCAGUGUCCUCCAAGUCUACUUGCUGCAGCGCUUGUUUGAAAGGAAGCUUCGGACAUCCAGAGUUUAAUGACAAGCAUAGAAAAGCUUUGGACAUCUUUUCCUAUUUAUGGUUCUAUAAUAAAUUUACCCUAAUACAGAUUAUUUGCUAAUUGGUUUUUCUUCUCUCUUGUCUUGUUUUGCCUUAUGCAGCUACUUUUCACUGCCCUUGCCUUUUUCGUACCUCUCAUAAGUUAUUAGAAGUUACUUUUGUGGAGAAAAACAAUAUUGAAGGACUUGGGUGCCAAAUCAAGAGGGUAUAUUUGUUUU